AUGCCAAUUGAUUUUCUCAAGACCUAUUUUCAAGCUUCACACUGGCUCGGUCGUGGCAUUAGGCCGGAACCGCAAGUGUUGGUUCCUGUGACCAAUAUAAGGAUUCCCAGAGGUUCACUAUGGACUGGUCUCUUGGUCGAUAUUGGAUCUGAACUGUAUCCUCUCACCAAUGAGCAGACAGUGACCUUUGUGCGGCGCAUAGGUUUACGAUUUGUGAAACCCCCGAGCACUUUUCUGCUUGGCGGGUUUACCCUCGUGGAUCCUCAGCUCCCUUCAAUCGGUUUGGCAGCCAAUCAGUUGUUAAUGCAUGUUCCUCGUUUAUCUCAGCGUCUGCGUCGUGGUGAGGGUAUAGGUGGGGGUCCGACAGGUCGAAUGUCAUGGCUACGGCGUUGUGUCUCAGCUCUCGUUGAUGAGGAACGCAUUGAGUUACCCUGGCCCGUCGCUUUAGAGACACGGCAGUAUGCUGAAAGGCUCAUUCAAGAGGCAGUGCGAGCGGAACUUGCUACCACGGAUCUAUCGAAAUUUCAAAGUCUAGAAGAACUGCUUCAACCUCCGUGGAUUGAGUAUCCUGAAAUUGCCCCACUGCUUGAACUUUCAGCCUUUUGGUUGCAAAAACCGGAACUCGUUACCAAGUUGCUUAAGGUUCUAGUUCCACGUUAUCGAUUUUACAAUCGUUCCUACACUCGUGUAUUUCGCCUACAGCGACCACCAUAUCCAAAUCAGCAUGCUUUCAUCUCACAUGGUUUCGGUGUACUAGAACUACACGGUAAUCCUUGGCCGCCGAUUGGCAGUCCACAUCUACCCAAGCGGAUUAAAGGCUCAAACGCAGUGUCUUCGGAACCGUUUAAACACAAAUAUUUCAUCAAUGUCCUACUGAAUGCUGCUCGAGAGGAGUAUAAAAAAUCGAAAAGGACGCCGCCCCUAUCUAAAUGA